CCUGCUCUAAGCACUAAGCACUUCCCACACCCUUUAGAAACAAAAUCACACAAUGGCUGUUGCAGCAUUCUCUGCUAUUUCUCUUCUGCUCUCUGUCCUAGGCCUAUGCCUUCGAGGCACUUACGCUGACUCCGGAGGGUGGGAAGGCGGUCAUGCCACGUUCUAUGGCGGGGGUGACGCAUCCGGCACAAUGGGGGGUGCUUGUGGGUACGGUAAUCUGUACAGCCAAGGGUAUGGGACUAACACUGCAGCACUCAGCACUGCUCUGUUCAACAAUGGCUUGAGCUGCGGGUCUUGUUACGAGAUGCGAUGCAACGACGACCCCAAAUGGUGCCUGCCCGGUACCAUCACUGUCACUGCCACUAACUUCUGCCCCCCUAACUUGGCCUUGUCCAACGACAACGGCGGUUGGUGCAAUCCUCCUCUCCAACACUUUGACAUGGCAGAGCCUGCUUUCUUGCAAAUUGCUCAAUACCGAGCUGGGAUUGUUCCCAUUUCAUUUAGAAGGGUGCCCUGUGUGAAGAAAGGAGGAAUAAGGUUUACAAUCAACGGCCACUCUUACUUCAACUUGGUGUUGAUCACAAACGUUGCUGGCGCCGGAGAUGUGCAUUCUGUGUCGAUCAAGGGGUCCAAGACAGGGUGGCAAUCUAUGUCAAGGAACUGGGGCCAGAACUGGCAGAGCAAUUCCUACCUCAAUGGACAGAGUCUUUCAUUCCAGGUCACCACAAGUGAUGGUCGGACGGUGACCAGCUACGACGCUGUUCCGGGUAAUUGGCAGUUUGGACAGACAUUUGAGGGGGUUCAGUUCUAGAUUUUUAUUUCAUAAUUAAAAAAAGAAUACAGUAUAUGGUCAAUUGGUAAUGUGCCGUUUUCGUGACGGUGAAGGUGUAAUACACAGGGUAGAGUAGGAAGGGCUUGGCCUGUGUGGCCGUGUAUUGCUGAGGUGGCUGUUUGGCACCCGCUAUGCCUUUAUAUUUAUAUAUAACGAGUUUGAGUUUGUUUGUGAAAUUUAGUUACUCUAAAGGAAACAAGGAGGAUAGAUAUUCCAUUUGUUGCCUUUUAUUAAAUUUGGGCCAUUGAAUAUCUUGAAAGUUUGUACAACUUACUUUAUCUCCAACUUGAUAUAAAGCCCACUUGGGGCAACUUUAUUUUCA